AUGCCUUUUCAAGAUCAUCUCAAAGAGAUCUCACAACUGCAAAGAGGAAUUGGAGAAAAAAAAUUUGUUAUUGUUGUUAUAGUUUUCGGAGUUUCUCGUGUUGCCGUCGCAAUGACCUUGAACAUUUGUGUAUCGAAAUACAAGCGAAGCAAAACGCAGACAUCAAUCGAAUCAGAUGGAAAUAAAGACAUGAAGAAUUAUUUAAUACUUAUUUGUUUGCCAAAGACUAAUCUCUGA